AAGAGAAAAAGGGAAGAGAGAGACUGACAGUAGCAAACAACGUAGGCUUAAGUGCUCAACACACAUAAAAACCCUAUCGUGCCCCGUUUUAACGUUUCUCUCAUCGUCUCCAAUCCCUUGUCAGUUCGAUCUUCGCUAUCAAACCUCUGAAGCCAUUUCGAUCUCACUUUGCUCUGUUUGUUUAUUCUUACUCACAAAAUCCCCAAUAAGAAAAGAAGAACUCUAGGCUCAGUUCUUCGCGAUGAUUCCGUUCGCUUCGACCACUUCGUCCCAGAUUCGGUAUUUGCUGCAGAGCUUAAAGGAUUCCAACUCUGACUCGGUCUUCCAGGAGCUCUGCCAGUUUGCAACAUAUGGAAUUGAGGGAAGAAUACUGCUGCUUGGAACCAUCUUUGAUCACCUGAGUAUUUAUGGAAAAGACCUGAAGAAUAUGCAAUUCGAUGCAGUUUAUGCUUCAAUUUUCAAGUAUAUCUUGGAUAAACCCAGUUUCAGCACUGUUUUCUGUGUGUCCAUAAGAGGUGUUACAAUUAAUGAGGAGUUCCUGGAAAAUCUGUGUAAUGCAUUACGCUUGUCAGUAUCUGAGAAAAUUGAAGUUGGUCUUGCUUUGUCUGAUUCUGAGAAUGCUGAUGUAAAAAUGUGUGGGAAAAGCUACUGCAUGGGUCAGAUUGUGGAAUUAUGUUCAAAUCAAAUGUCUUUUGAUUCUGUGGAACACAUUCAGAGCAUUCUAUUGUUGAUUAAUCAAUCUGAAGGCCUUUCUAAGCAUGUAGAUUUGUUUAUGCACAUGCUCUCUCUUGUCCAAUCAAAAGGAGGAUCCCAAUUCAUUUUAUCCCCAUUGCUUUCUGAUGAACUUCGUGAAGUCAACUUUUGGAGGAACUUUGAUGAUUUUAAUGAAGAAAGUGAAGAUGAUUUUGAUGCGCUUUUAAUGGAAAUGGAAAAGGAAAUGAGCAUGGCUGAUACAAUGAAGGAGUUGGGUUAUGGAUGCACAGCUAAUGCCUUGCAAUGCAAGGAAAUCUUAUCUCUUUUCUUACCAUUGACUGAAAUUACUGUUGCAAGGAUACUUGGAAUGAUUGUUCGUACCUACUCCGGUCUGGAGGAUAAUCAGAAUAUAUUUUCAACAUUCCGAGCUGCUCUUGGGAGUACCACUGUGUAUGAUUUACCAUCACCAAGUUCUUGGAAUGGUGAUGUACUUAUUGAUGCAAUCAAGGAGCUAGCACCUGGGCUAAAUUGGGGUACUGUUAUGAAAAAUCUAGAUCAUGAAGGGUUUUAUGUCCUUAAUGAACCAGCUUUUGCCUUUCUUAUGUCCAUGUAUAAAUGUGCAUGCCAGGAUCCCUUCCCUCUACAAGCUGUCUGUGGCUCUAUCUGGAAAAAUUCUGAGGGGCAGUUAUCAUUUCUUAGUCAUGCUGUAGUGGCUCCUCCAGAAGUAUUUACCUUUGCUCAUUCUGGGAGGCAAAUGGCCUAUGUUGAUGCCGUGAAUGACCAUAAGUUUCAACAUGGACAUUCAAACCAUGCUUGGUUGUGUCUUGAUCUUCUGGAAGUGUUGUGCCAGCUUGCUGAGAGGGGACAUGCAAAUUCUGUUCGAUCCAUUCUUGAGCACCCUCUUACGCACUGCCCCGAACUUUUACUUCUUGGCUUGUCACACAUCAAUACGGUGUAUAAUCUCCUUCAGCAUGAAAUUUCUUCAACAGUUUUCCCUAUGAUACUGAGAAAUGCUCCAGGGAUGGGUAUGAUUCAUUAUUUAUGGCAUGUCAAUCCAAGCAUUUUGGUUAGGGGUUUUGUGGAUGCUGUAACAAUUGAUGCGGACAAUAUUAGCAGAGUUUUGGAGGCCUGCCAAGAAUUAAAGAUUCUUUCACCAGUAUUGGAUAUGCUUCCUUCCAAUGUUGGUAUUAGACUUGCUGCUGUAGCCUCUAUGAAAGGACUCAUAGAUCUUGAUAAAUGGUUGAAUACCAACUUAAGUACAUAUAAAGAUAAGUUUUAUGAGGAAUGCCUAAAGUUUCUAAAGGAGGUUCAGCUUGGCGUUCAAGAUAUUUCAACUAACUGCUUUCAUCUCCCUAACACACUGUUGAAUAUUUAUAUGGAAGCUUCUACCAUGUUCAUUAAGCUGCUUCAGUCUCAUACUGGGUUAAUUUCCUCUCAUUACUUAUCUGACGAAUUGGAGAAGAUAAAUAUGACAUACGUGAAUUCUAACCCAAGGCUUAAGACUGUUGGUGCUUCUAAUUCGUCAACUUCAGAUGCUCAUGCUGAUGACAUUGAAGCAGAAGUAAACUCAUAUUUCCAACAAAUGUUUCAUGAGGAACGCUCGGUUGAGUCAAUUAUUCAAAUGCUUGCUCGCUUCAAAGAAUCUUCUGAUAAAAGGGAACAAGCAGUUUUUGAGUUUAUGAUUGCUAAUCUUUUUGAGGAAUAUAAAUUCUUCUCAAAAUAUCCUGACAAACAGCUUACCAUUGCUGCAGUUCUGUUUGGAUCCCUUAUCAAGCAUCAGCUUGUAACUCAUCUUACUCUUGGAAUUGCCUUGCGGGCCGUCUUGGAUGCUUUGCGAAAACCUGCUGAUUCAAAAAUGUUUUCUUUUGGCACUAAGGCUCUGGAUCAGUUUCGGGAACGUUUGAUUGAGUGGCCACAAUACUGCAAUCACAUCUUACAAAUAUCUCAUCUCCGUGUAAAUCAUUUGGAUAUUGUUCUAUACAUUGAACGGGCACUUGCAAGAAUAUCCUCUGCACAUUCUGAGUCUGACAUAGGCAAUAAUGCUGUUGCUGAUCAGUUUCAUGGAAUUAUCCAGUCUUCAACAUCAAAUGUGGAGAGUUCCACAUUUGCAUUGACUGGACCUAUUAGCUCCCAACCAUCAGGCUUGCAAUUAGCACCUCCAGUUCAGCUCCCGCCGAGACAGCAGAGUACCUUAGAUGAGAGGAAAAUUUCAACUAUUCCUAGCCACAUGAAAACUUUGUCCUCCACAAGUCAAGCAGUGGGUGUUCCUUCAAGUGAUGCAUCUAAUAUUCCAAAGUCACAGAGUGCACUCAAUUCUGCAGCAGCGCACACUUCAUCCCCCGGUUUUACUCGCCCAAAUCGAACAAACUCAACAAGGUUUGGGUCAGCAUUAAAUAUUGAAACACUUGUUGCUGCUGCUGAGAGAAGAGAAACACCUAUAGAGGCUCCAGCUUCAGAAGUCCAGGAUAAAGUCUCAUUUAUCAUCAAUAAUUUGGCUAUUCAAAAUGUUGAUGCUAAAGCAAAAGAGUUUUCUGAAAUUUUAAAAGAGCAGUACUACCCCUGGUUUGCUCAGUAUAUGGUGAUGAAAAGAGCGAGUAUUGAGCAAAAUUUUCAUGACUUAUACUUGAAGUUCCUAGACAAGGUGAAUUCAAAGGCUCUGUACAAGGAAGUUGUCCAAGCAACGUAUGAAAACUGCAAGGUCCUGUUAGGAUCUGAACUUAUAAAGUCGAGUUCGGAAGAGCGUUCAUUGCUAAAAAAUCUAGGAAGUUGGCUAGGGAAGAUAACAAUUGGCAGGAAUCAAGUUUUACGUGCUAGGGAGAUUGAUCCCAAGUCUUUGAUCAUAGAGGCUUAUGAAAAAGGGCUAAUGAUUGCAGUUAUUCCGUUCACCUCAAAGAUAUUGGAACCAUGUCAAAGCAGUCUAGCAUACCAACCUCCUAAUCCGUGGACCAUGGGUAUACUUGGAUUACUUGCUGAGAUAUAUGCAAUGCCAAACUUAAAAAUGAACCUCAAGUUUGAUAUUGAGGUGCUGUUCAAAAACCUUGGUGUGGAUUUGAAGGAUGUUGCACCAACAUCACUUCUUAAAGACAGGGUUAGAGAAGUAGAAGGAAAUCCUGAUUUCUCAAAUAAAGAUGCUGGGUCUUCUCAAUCCCAGAUUGUUACCGAUGUCAAAUCAGGACUUGUGUCUACUCUUAAUCAGGUUGAACUACCACUUGAAGCUGCCACAUCAUCUCAUCCUGGUGGUCACUCACGUAUAUUAUCUCAGUAUGCUGCUCCACUCCAUCUUCCUUCUGCAACACUUAUGGAGGAAGAGAAGCUAGUAGCUUUAGUAGAUCAGCAUCAAAUUCCUUCUGGUCAAGGUAUCAUACCAGGGCAGACACCGUUUUCUGUUAGUCAGCUUCCUACACCUACCUCUAAUAUUGAACAGCAAGUUAUCAUCAACCCAAGACUUCGUGCUCUGGGCAUGCAUGUGCAUUUUCAAAGUGUGCUUCCCAUUGCCAUGGAUAGAGCUAUAAAAGAGAUAGUUACCAGCAUUGUGCACCGCAGUGUUUCUAUAGCUACUCAGACAACGAAGGAACUUGUUUUGAAGGACUAUGCCAUGGAGUCAGAUGAGACCCGUAUACGUAAUGCUGCACAUCUGAUGGUUGCUAGUUUAGCAGGAAGUCUAGCUCAUGUGACAUGCAAGGAACCUUUACGUGGUUCAAUAUCGAGCCAGCUACGGAGUACACUUCAGGGAUUAAGUAUUUCUAGUGAGCUCCUUGAACAAGCUGUACAACUAGUGACUAAUGACAACCUUGACCUUGGUUGUGCGUUGAUUGAGCAAGCUGCAACAGAGAAGGCAAUACAAACUAUUGAUGAAACCAUUGCUCAACAGCUUGCUAUAAGGAAGCAUAGAGACGGACCCACAUUCUUUGAUUCAGGUGUCUAUACUCCAGGACACAUGGGAGUUUUACCUGAAGCACUUCGUCCUAAACCUGGCCGUUUAUCCCAUUCUCAACAGCGAGUUUAUGAGGAUUUUGUUCGCUUACCUCUGCAAAAUCAAUCGGGACAAAGCUCAAAUACUUUGCCUGUUGGUCCUUCUCCUUCACCAAGUAGCAGUGGUCUGUCUCGGGCUUAUGUGGCUGGCUCUGGGCAAAUGAACCCUGCAAUUUACUCGGCUGGCCUUGUUAAUGCAGGAAUUAGUUCUGUUCCACAGCCUUUGGAUAUUGUAUCAGAAGAAAUAGAUACAAGUUCAUCUCAGCUUCAUAGUGCUUCCUCACCUAACAAUGGAAUGGGUGAUGGCGGUUUUGAAAAUGAAACUAUUGCUCCAUUAUCUUCAGCAUCUACAGCUGAAUUGCAGCCUGUUGAACAGUCUAAUGUUGUAAAGGAGCCAGGUCUCUCUGUACAGCCACCAAAUUCAACACCAACCUCUGAGCGUCAUGGAAGUAGUAUUUCAGAGCCACUUUUGAACACAGGCGAUGCUCUGGAUAAAUACCAGAUUGUUUCAGAGAAGCUUGAAAAUCUGGUAUCUACUGACGCUAAAGAAGCAGAAAUUCAGGGUAUUAUUGCGGAAGUUCCUGCAAUAAUUCUCAGGUGCAUUAGUCGAGAUGAGGCAGCCUUGGCAGUGGCUCAAAAGGUGUUCAAGGGAUUGUAUGAGAAUGCGUCAAAUACUGUGCGUGUAAAUGCUCAUCUUGCUAUUCUGGCGGCUAUCCGCGAUGUCAGCAAGCUUGUUGUUAAGGAGUUGACUAGUUGGGUGACUUACUCUGAUGAGGAGCGGAAGUUCAACAAAGACAUUACUGUUGGUCUGAUACGGAGCGAACUACUGAACCUAGCCGAGUACAAUGUUCAUAUGGCAAAACUUAUUGAUGCAGGAAGAAAUAAGCCUGCAACUGAGUUUGCCAUAUCUCUCAUACAAACUUUGGUGAUGAGUGAUUCCAGAGUCAUAUCUGAGCUACAAAAUCUUCUGGAUGCACUUGCAAAGCUUGCUGCUAGGCCUGGUUCUCCUGAGUCAUUACGGCAGCUGGUUGAGAUAGCUAAAAAUCCUUCUGUUAAUGCUUCUGCUUUGUCUGGUUUUACGAGCGGGAAGGAGGAUAAUAUGAAACAACAACCUAAAGACAAAAAGGCUUCUGUGCUUCUUCAAGCUGGUAGAGAUGACACAGGCUCUGAUUCUGUUGAGCCUGACCCUGCUGGAUUUCGUGAACAGGUCUCCAUGCUGUUUGCUGAAUGGUACCGAAUAUGUGAACUUCCUGGAGCAAGUGAGUCUGCAUAUGCACACUAUGUUAUACAACUACACCAAAGUGGCCUAUUAAAAGGGGAUGAUGCAUCAGAUCGUUUUUUCCGCCUGCUCAUGGAACUUUCUGUAUCACACUGCUUAUCAUCUGAGGUUAUUAGUUCAGGUCCUUCUCAGUCACAUCUAGUACCUCUGUCAUUCCUUGCUAUUGAUAUCUAUGCCAAACUGGUGUAUUCUGUUUUGAAGUUUUAUCCUGUGGAUCAAGGAGUCAGUAAACUUUCUCUUUUGCCUAAGGUCCUUGCUGUAACAGUAAAGUUUAUCCAGAAAGAUUCAGAAGAGAAGAAGAUAUCCUUUAAUCCCAGACCAUAUUUCAGGCUAUUUAUUAAUUGGCUCUUGGAUUUCUGUUCAUUAGAACCUGUUUUUGACGGUGCAAACUUUCAGGUUUUGACUGCUUUAGCAAAUGCUUUCCAUGCUCUUCAACCCCUCAAGGUUCCAGGAUUCAGCUUUGCAUGGCUCGAGCUUGUUAGUCAUAGGAGUUUCAUGCCAAAAUUACUCACUGCAAAUGCUCAGAAAGGGUGGCCUUAUUUUCAGCGGUUAUUGGUGGAUCUUUUCCAGUUCAUGGAGCCAUUUCUGAGGAAUGCUGAACUUGGAGAAGCGGUUCAUUUCCUAUAUAAAGGGACGCUCAGGGUGUUGUUGGUUCUUCUGCAUGACUAUCCAGAGUUCCUUUGUGACUAUCAUUUCAGCUUCUGUGAUGUUAUCCCUCCGAGCUGCAUACAGAUGCGAAAUAUUAUUCUUAGUGCAUUCCCUCGCAACAUGAGGCUACCUGAUCCUUCCACUCCCAACUUAAAGAUUGAUCUACUUGCAGAGAUCAGUCAAUCCCCACGCAUUCUUUCCGAGGUUGAUGCUGCUCUUAAAACAAAGCAGAUAAAGAGUGAUAUAGAUGAAUACUUGAAGACAAGGCAACAGGGGUCUCUGUUUCUUACUGAGUUGAAGCAAAAAGUGUUACUCUCUCCCACUGAGUCUGCCCGUGCUGGGACUCGUUAUAAUGUCCCUCUCAUAAACUCCCUUGUACUUUAUGUUGGGAUGCUGGCUAUACAGCAGCUGCAGGCAAGAACAGCUGCUCAUUCACAGUCGAUGGCAAGUAGUGGUGUUUCAUAUCCUGUUUAUUUGGUGGGUGCUGCUCUGGAUAUAUUUCAGUCAUUUAUAAUGGACUUGGAUACUGAGGGGCGUUACCUCUUCUUGAACGCUGUUGCUAACCAAUUGCGUUAUCCAAACAACCACACGCAUUACUUCUCCUUCAUUCUCCUCUACCUCUUUUCAGAAUCAAAUCAGGAAGUAAUCCAAGAACAGAUCACGAGAGUCCUAUUGGAGCGCCUAAUUGUCAACCGACCUCAUCCAUGGGGACUUCUUAUCACUUUCAUCGAGCUCAUAAAGAAUCCUCGAUAUAACUUCUGGAGCAGAUCAUUUACUAGGUGCGCACCUGAAAUCGAGAAACUUUUUGAAUCAGUUUCGAGGUCAUGUGGGGGCCCUAAGCCAGUAGAUGACAGUGUGGUUUCUGGUGGGAUUCCCGACAACAUGCACUAAUUCCAUGUAUCCUGCUGUGUCUUUGUGUGUUUACAUUAACAACGUACAGUCUUUUGCUACUUAGCUAGUUCAAUCACCAUCACUUCAAUUUCGUAUCUGAUUAUUGCAUAUGUAACUUUUGUUUUGCAGCCAGCUAGUUGUAGUGUAGUGUAGAUAAGUUGGCUACUUUUUCCGUACAUGAAAAGAUUUUUAAAACAUUGUUGUAACAUUAGAUUAUGAAUGAAUUGAACUAUAAUUUUAUUGACA